AUGGCUCUGGACGGCCCGGCGGAGCGACGGGACGAGGUACAGGUGGCGAUGGGGAACGGAAACGGCGUUGCGCCGUCUCAACCGUCGCGGCCAGCCGGUCGGCCAGCGGCGACGGCGGCGCCAUACGCGGACCGGCGGCUGCGGCUUAACCCAAAUGCGGAGCUCAAGCCGCAGGACUACAGCGACGUGCGCGGCGAGUACGCGCCGGCCGUGUACAGCGCACUCGAGCGGCAUCUCCCACCCAGCCUCCUCGAUGCCGACCGUGAUGUCAAGCUACACUUCAUGCGGGACAUUCUCGCGCGCUACUGGCCCCAGGGCGAGCGUAACAAGGUGCAAAGGCACAGAGAAUACAGGCAGAGGAUACUCCACCUUUACAAGCCUCUUCAUGAAGAAUUAUACAAUAUGCAUCCUUCAGUGUUCUUCUUACCAACAUUCCUUGAAGCAGUUAGGAGCAAUACAGAAGAAAGCUUUAGAAGUAUUAUGACUGAGCCAAUUCCUGGUGUUUAUUCGUUUGCUAUGUUGCAACCUACUUUCUGUGAGAUGUUAUUGGAGGAGGUAGAGAACUUUGAAAAAUGGGUCCAUGCUAUGAAAUUUAAGAUAAUGAGGCCAAAUACAAUGAACAAGUAUGGUGCUGUCCUUGAUGAUUUUGGCCUGGAAGCUAUGCUGAACCAGUUCAUGGAACAGUUCAUAGCUCCAAUUUCUAAAGUUUUUUAUCCUGAGGUUGGUGGAGGAACAUUGGACUCCCAUCAUGCUUUUAUUGUUGAAUAUGGGAAAGACAGGGAUCUUGAACUAGGUUUUCAUGUGGAUGAUUCAGAAGUUACAUUAAAUGUUUGCCUUGGAAAACAAUUCUCUGGUGGUGAAUUAUAUUUCCGAGGUAUUCGGUGUGAGAAUCAUGUGAAUUCAGAGACACAACAUGAGGAAAUGUAUGACUACACACAUAUUCCUGGUCGGGCUGUACUCCACCGUGGUCGACACAGGCAUGGUGCUCGAGCUACUUCAUCUGGUCUCAGAAUCAAUCUGCUUUUGUGGUGCCGGAGCUCUGUGUUCAGGGAGAUGAAAAAAUACCAGAAGGAUUUUCCGAGUUGGUGUGGUGAAUGCCAGCGCGAAAAGAGGGAAAGGCAGAGUCAGUGCGUUAAAGCAACCAAGAUGGCGUUUCUCAGGGGUUCUGGAGGUGCAACGAUUUAG